AUGGGGGUUGACGGCAAAGAAUCAAGAGAGGAAGAUGAAGAAUUGGAGAGAAGGGGAGGGGAGGGGAGUGUCGCGCGCCCUGUCCCGCCGUCGCGCCGCCCUCCCCCUGCCCCGCCUCGUCGCGCGCCAUACCCACCGCCGUGUCGCGCGCUCUGCCCGUCGUCGACGCGCUCGGCCUCCCCGCCAUCGACGCGCGCGGCCUCCCCGCCGUCGACGCGUGCGGCCUCUGUGCCGUCUCCGCGCGCGCGCGUCUUGCCCACCGCCCUCCCUCUCCCCGGCCGCCCUCCCUUACCCUCUCGUAAGGCGUCCUGCCUCACCUCCCUGCAGGCGCCUUCCCCUCCCCUCAUGGUGCGCCUUCUUCUGCCGCUUUUGCACCACCUCCUCCUUCUCCCAUCACCCCAUCCGCCUCCUCUCCCUCCUCCUCCACUCUUCAUUCCUUCCUCCCUUCGUGCCUCUCCUCCCUUCCUCCACCUCCUUCCCCUCCGCAUCUGCCACCUGGCUACGUGUCACUGGUUGCCACUUGGUGAUCGUGACCCUACUUCUUCCUCACACUCCGCUCCUUCACCCUCCUCCUCCUCUUCUCUCUCCCUCUACUUCCCCCACCAUCUCACCUCUUCCUCCGCCUCUCUUCUCUCCCUAUCUGCUGCAGCUGGUAGCUCAGCUGAGUACCUCCCCUCUAUUCCUCCGCCUCUUUUGUCUCCCCACCUCUGCUCCAUUACUAUCCCCUCCCCCUCAUGGCGCCUAUUCUCGCUCUUACCUCUCUUCCUCUGUGCUUCCGCCCUCACCCUCUUUCCACCGUACCUCCUCUCCUAUCCUUGCCUUCUUCACCCUCCACCUCCUCCGCUGCACCUUCCUCCCUUCGCACCACCUCUCCUACAUGCCGCUGGACCCCCCCUCUUCUCAACCCCUCCGCGUGGAUUCCGCUGUCCCAUCAGCGUCGCCGCCCUUCUUCCCAGCACGCUCCUGCCGCUGUCACCUCUGGUAUUGGUUCUCUGGCCUCUGCUUUCAGCGUGA